AUGGCGAUUCACCCAGGUGAUUUGCAAGCGCAGCCUCCAAAGGUGUCGGCACCAGAGGAGCACUGCGUCCACAUCUUGGCGGGUCACAACGGCUUCGUGCAGUGCCUCUGCACCGUGGGCGACGUGCUCUUCACGGGCUCCCAGGAUUGUAACAUCAUGAUCUGGGACCUGAACAACUUGCAGUACAUUGGCACGUUGCCGGGCCAUCGCGGAUUUGUGAAGUGCAUGGCAGCCAGCCUGUCGAGGAAGAUGCUGUGCUCUGGUUCUCAGGACAAGACCAUCAAGAUCUGGAGCCUGGAAACCUUUUCCUCCACCAAGACGCUCUAUGGCCACACCAGUGAGGUGAACAGCCUGGUUCUCUUUGAAGGUGCGCCCGUUGUGAGUCGAUGGGAUCCGCCCACCUUCGGCGGAGCCGCCUUCGGCGCAGCCGCCUUCGGUGCACCGGCCUUCGGCGCCCCGGCGCCGCGCGCGCGGUCGCGGUCGCCGCAUGGGGCUGAGCAAGAGACCAAUGCGGCGACAGACGCAGCCGGAGCGGAGCAGAACAAGGCUGCAGCCCUGAUGCGAGAGAAGCUGAAGGCUGAACCCGUGGUAGUGAAGACGAUGCGCCCGGGGGAUGGAACGACCUUUCCCAAGGAAGGUGAUCAACUCGUAAUGCACUUCUCGGGCACCGUGCUGAAAGAAGGUCGGCAACCGCCGUCCUUCGACUCCAGCUGGACCCGGCAGAAGCCUUUCAGCUUCAGGAUCGGUACCGGGGAAGUGAUCAAGGGCUGGGACGAAGGACUUCUGCGAAUGUCACAAGGAGAGAAGGCCACGCUGGGCGUCAGAUCGGACUAUGCCUAUGGAAAGGCUGGUGCUGGGUGCAUCCCACCGUACUCCGACUUGUGCUACGAGGUUGAACUGCUGAAGGACCGCUCGGUGAGGGUUUGGGAUCUUAACACCUUGGCCAUGUUGGCGAGCUUGGAACAGGCUCACCUAAGUGGCAUCUUCAGAGUGAGGCAGCUGGAUUCAGGAGAUUCCUUCAUCACGGCCAGCCGAGAUAGGACCAUGAAGGUCUGGCUCUCCUCCACCUGGCAGGCGCGCCGUACCUUGGCUCCUCCUCAUUACGAUGGGGUGAGCGACGUGGCGGUAGCCGGCAAGAAGGGAUGCUUCUUUUCUGCCAGCCGGGAUAGGUCCAUUCGACGCUGGGAUUGCAAGACCCUGGAGAGCGACUUGCAGCUGGCGCAUGCUCAAGGCGAUUGGCUCACGGCCCUGGCCUUGUCCGUCAGCGAGGAGGUGCUCUUCAGUGGUGGCAAGGACUCCAUCAUCAAGGUCUGGGAUGGAGAUCUGCAUUGCAAGGAUAUGUUGCAAGGUAGAGACCUCGGUUUGAUUGCUAUGGAUGCCCUUUUUGGUUCCUCGUUUCCUUUCUUCACUGGGAUGUUGCGGGUGACAUCUCAUUGUGAUGGGUCAACUAUUGGCCAAUGGGAGCCUAGUGGGGUACCCAUCAUGAUCCUUGAUUUGCAAUUGCCCUUGGGCUGUCACAGCCUUUACGACUUCUUGGUUGAGGGCAAGGAUGAUUUUCUUUACCUCCGCCAGUCUUUCGACUCUUGGUGGGUGGGAGUUGAUGAAUUUCCUGGUGAUCUUUCGCCGCGAGUGGUGGAGCUCUGUGCAGGAGUUGGUGGCAUGGGAGUAGGAGCCUCCUUCUUGGGGGGCAUCCCAGUGUUGGCAGUGGACUUCAAUAGACUUUCUUGUGAACAUUUGGCCAAUAAUGCUCAUGGGGAGGUUCUUCACCUUGAUAUCACAUCCCUUGGCAGUGCCAAAUUGAUCCAUCAGAAAUUGGGUGCUUCACCAGGCACCACGGCUUUUGGAUUUCCCUGUCAACCUUACUCUUCUCAAGGUUGCCAACUCGGUUCCAGUGACAAGAGAUUUCAAGUUUUGGUUCAUGGUUUGCAUAUCAUGUUCAUGCUUAGAACCCAAACGGCAGUGCUUGAAUGUGUCCCAGCUGCUGGGGAACACCCAGAGAUUGUCAAGGGCAUCCAGAUGCUUGCUUCGGCGAUGGAUUGGGAUGUGCUCACUCUUCGAAUGGACUUGCAGCACCAGUGGCCCUGUCGUAGAGAUCGUUGGUGGGCACUUUUGCUUCCACGUGCUUGGAAUGUUUAUGGUUUGCAUCCAUGGCCAACCACAAGUGAGUAUCAGGUGAUUGGUGACAUUUUUGAGUGCUGGGGCAGCUGGCCUGAAGAAGAAGAGACAGAUCUUCAGCUGUUUGACUUUGAAUUUGAGGCGUACAUGAACCCAGCCUAUGGUGCAGAUCCCCGUAUCCUGGAGUUUGGGGCUGUGGCCAACACAUUUCUCCAUUCAUACGGGAACGCACUACUUCCCUGUCCUUGUGAUUGCCGUGCUGGCCCUUUUAGCCACAGUGCACUCAUGGCUCGAGGGCUUCGUGGAUGUUUUAUCCAGUCAGCUGUCCAUCACAAUCCACGGUAUCUCCAUCCCAGAGAGCUUGGACUUCUACUUGGAAUGCCCGACUCCGUGGCCUACCGGAUGACUCCUCGGGCCAGUUUGGCCCUGUUGGGGCUUAUUGCCUCGCCAAUCCAAAUGGUAUGGAUCUAUGCACAUUUGCGCAACAACUUUGCGAAGGCAUCUGGCCAGAUGGAACUUCCAUCUCCGAUGGAAUGGCUUCGCUCCUAUCAGCGUGAACUUCUUCGACAGACUCAGGACCUCUUUCGAUGCAGAUUGGCCAUUCCUCAAUGUCUCCAUCUCAAGGACCAAGAUGGCAAUGAGCUCUGGAUCACAAGCCCUACGGCGGUCACGGUGGGUCAGCUGCUUCAGGCACAGAGGAUCAGUUUGGGAUGGAACGAAGCUGGGGGCAUUUCUUUGAAUGGGCAAGCCCUGUCACUUUCCACCUUGUUGGACUCCAUGAGUGGACCUUACCAACUGACCAGUUCGGUUGGUCGAACUUUGAGAUUGGCCCCACAUGACACCUACAUGGUUGGCAUCAAACACCAACUGGAGUAUCAGGUUGUCUUUCUUCAUGGUGGCCAGUUUCUUUUUGAGGCACUUCGACAGCUUGACAUCCACAAUGUGAACCAUUUGGUGGAUGCUGAAGGCAAAGUCUAUGGAGCUGACUUCAGAGUUUGGAAGGUGCUGAAUCUUACCACCUUGGAUGCGGCCCAUUGGCCACCUGCUUUUCCUUUGAGGGCAGCAGGAACUGAACGUGCAUCGAUGGGGCUUCACGAUGGGCACAUUUCUUGGACUUUGGACUUUCUCAAGCAUCUCACUAUGGGCAAGUUGAAACCCGUCAUCAUCUCACCAAGGAGCGCUCUUCAACUUCUUGAGUCUCGAGAUGAAGCCCUUUUUGCCAUUCAUCGGAAUUUUUCCAACUCUGAUGAUCGGAUUGUUUGUAUCUUUCCGAGUGCUUCGCAUUGGGCCUUGCUUUUUGGACAUCUGCAGGGGCACAUACUGUGCUGGCGCUACUGUGAUGGUCUUCCUGGACAAGCUUCUUUUGUAGCAUCAAGAUUGGCUGCAAUCAUCUCGACAGAGUUGGCAUUGGAUUGGUCCUUUGAGCCACUUCAUCUUAUUGCCCAACGAGAUGAACACACCUGUGGUACGAUUGCCCUCUUUCAUGCUGGAGCCCUACUUGGACUUUUUGGACUCCCCUCUCAGCAAGCAGUCUUGGAUUUUCAUGACUGGCUCUCCAGCAGACCGGCCCUUGGACUUUUGCAUGACCCUUGGAUUUAUGGGUCUGGGCCAUCAACAGGUGAUGUUCAAGCCACUUUGGCUGCUCUCUUGGCUACGAAAGGUGUUCCGUCAGACCUUGCGGCUGAACGGGCAGCUGCGGCCAUUAAAAAGUUGGGCACACAGGCCAUCUCCCAGGCCUUGAAUCAAACCAACUCUUGGCAGGCAUUGAAGGCUUUGACUACUCGUCCGGGCUCCAACUUCCAGUUUGUUUUGAAGACUGAGCUCGAAGACUACAUUGAUGCCAAAGCCACAUCGAAAUAUGGGGCUGCAAUCCCAAGCAACAAGAAGAAGGAUCGCAAAAUGUCCAAGCAGACUGAACAUGUCCCAUUGAAGCCUGAUCCUACAACCCUGCAGCUGGAUUCAUCUCACUUUGUUGAUGAUGAAGAAGAUCAGGUUUCGCAGAUCUCUCUUUCACAGGUGGUUGCCGAUGCUCGUGGGCUUGCCAUUGCCACUUUGGCUGAGGCUCUUCCCUAUCUUCGAGAACGGAAGCACAUCAGUGCCGAUGCCCUUGGCCUUCUCAUUCUCGAAGAAGUUCCGGCCAACCUCAAAGCCACUGCGGAAAUCACUUCGAUCCGUUUCCCAGUGACUUACCUGCCAACCAUGGACCCUCUGCUCAUCAAUGGAAGCCUUCUUCAGUUAGGUGACCAUGAAAUCACUCGACGUCAAGUCCCAGAUCCGGUCACUGCCAUGGACUUAGCAGAGACCAAUGUUCUCAAGAUCCUAAUGUACCGUGAUGAACUUGAAGCUCACUGGGAACAAGUUGUUGAUUCUCCGGUGAGGCAGCUUCUGCACCUGGUGCCAUUGCUGCGGCUAUGCACUCUGAUGACUUGUGACCACCGAUGUGGACGAUUCCAUGCGGCAGUUGAAGAUAGCAUUGAUCAAGUUAUUCAUGAAGUUUGGGGUCGACGAUUUCAGAACCUUGAGGGCAAGACCACUCCUGGACCUCAAGCUGAACUCUUUAUGGCCUUUUUGCGCAUUGCUUCACCAGCAUUGGAUGACUUGUUACGAGUUGUCACAGAUGGGGUCUACUUUGAACCCAGAGCGGCGGGCUCCAAAUCUACUGACAGUGACUACUCUGUUAUUUGGCUACCUGGUGCCAAUCGUGAGGCUGCCCUUCACAGGUUGAAGCUCACCACUCAUGGCCUUUCCUUGGUGCGCAUGAAGCAGCGCUAUGGGAUUCGUGUCAUAGCUACCUAUGAAGAAGCAGCUCAUCGAGACCUGCGUCCCGGAGAACCAUUUGUCAAAGUUGACAUUUCCAAGAUCUACCGACUGCAUCCUCUACCACAUGGACUUCAACGGCAGCAGGUGGUUCAACUUCUCAAAGAAUGGAAAUGGUCGGCAAAGCCUCUCCAGCCCUCCAGAGGUUCUGCAGAGGGUAGCUCAUGGGAAGUCGGGGCCUCAUCAGAGCCACCAGCCAAUGUCCUGCCAGCCUUCAACAAGGAUGUCCUGAUCUCAUUGAUCAAAAACAAAGCUGCAGUCGACAAAACUCCUACAGUGGUUGGUCCUGUGCGGGCACAAAGACAUUUGCGAAGCCAUGCCACUGAGGCUGCAUCCUCCUCUGUCACCUUGGACCCUUGGCUAUCCCCUGCACAAGAUCCAUGGCAAUGCUACAAGGGGGCUGCAGCACAGGCUGAACCAGGCUCAACCAAACGAUAUGAUGCAUUGGUGACUCAGCUCACCACUGAUGUUCAAGCUUCCAUUCAACAACAAGGAGUUACUGACGCCACUGCUGACACAGCUCGCAUCCAAAAAUUGGAAACGGACAUGGAGGAGAUCAAAGCUCACAAUGCUACGUUCCACUCCUGGUUCAAAGAGACUGGCACCAAACUUGCCCGGCAAGAUGAACAGUUGGCGCAUCUUCAGACGGCAGUCCAACAACAGCAUCAAGACCUACAAGUUGUUCGCACUGAGGUCCACACCUCGGCAGACAACCUUCAUCAAGCCAUGCAGUCAUCCUUUGGUACGAUGAAGAAUGACUUGGCUGCUGAGCUGACAAGCGCUGUUGCAACUCAGAUGGACCGAUUGGAAGGCAUGCUGUCCAAGCGACAGCGCAAUGGGGUGAAGCUCGACAUCCUGGUCCUUCCACUGAUUGGCAACUCUUUGGAUUUUCCAAUCCUUCUGGGCGUCGCCAAAAAGAAGAUGCGGCGCUCUCACUUGGGCCAGGACAGUCUUGUGCAGCUCAGCUACGGUAUGUUGCGGCCUCUCAACAUCGACAACUUCGAGUUCACUUCGGGGCUCCAGUCACCACACGUGCCACUUCUACGUGGGCGGGAACUUGGUCUGGAGAUCAUGUUGCCAUAUGCGGGUGAACGAGACUGUGGGCGUCUUCUCACCACGAGGCAUCUUUUUGGCAACCUCUCUGUGACCAACACGGUGAUCUAUGGAUAUCCAAAAGGUCCUACAUGGCCUGAUGCCUAUGGGCUUACCACCAACCUGCUUGGCAUAGUCACCACUGAGAUUGUCCUGGGUGGCACUGGGCCUCGAUUAGUGGGUGGUGAUUUCAAUGCUGGUCCCACUGACCUUUCCGUUUUUGCGCUUUGGCGUCAGCUUGGAUGGCAGUCUGCCCAAGACUUGGCUGAGGCCUUCUGGGGGCAGCAAAAGGCCUUUACCUGUAAGCAUGCCACUGAGAGGGACAUGAUUUGGCUCAGCCCUGAAGCUAUUGCUCUUUGUCGAAUAGUGGACAUUGCUGAUGUCUUUGCGGAGCACUCCACGAUCACGGUGGGACUUCACAUUCCACGAUCAUGUCCAUCUCAACUUGUUUGGCAACGACCUUCUCCUAUCCCCUGGGACCAAAUUGACCCUCAAUGGGCGUCUUCUGCUUCUCCACCGUCUUGGACUUUGAAUGGGGAUGCUGAUACCCAGUGGGCUGAAUGGGCUUCCUCGUUUGAGAAGAGUCUUCACGGGCAUGUUCUUCAGCAGCCAGGUCAGAUGCUUCACAAGGGUCAACGUGGUCGUCUUCAGCACACCAAGCCCCAGAAGAUUCCACAGACUGCCAGAGUUUUGAAGCCAAGCAGACCAAGUGAAGUUCAGCUUCGCAAUGACUUCAUCGGUUCCGAGGUAAAACAAUGGUUCAGACAGCUUAGACGACUGCAAAGUUACAAAGCUGCCAUUUUGGCCAACAAGCUCACGAGCGAGGCCGUCACCUAUCGGCUUGAACUCUGGAUGGCCAUCAAGAAGUCCCCGGGUUUUUUGGAUGGAUUUGUUACGUGGUGGACUUCCCACAGAACCAUUUCUCUUCCGGAAACUCCGGCUCAGCUACCGGUUGGGCCUCCUUGUGCUUCUUUGGCCACCGCGAUCUUUCAGACCUUCAAAUGCAAUUUUGAGCAUUUUGAGCAGUGGCACCUGAAACAACGAGGCAAGCUCCUUCAGUCUAAGUUUGACAAGGGCAUGCAGGGCAUCUUUCAGGAUCUGAAGAAACCUCAGAGAGACCGCAUGGAUUUUUUGGUCAAUGAGAAAACGUUUGCAGUUCUUGCGACUGAUGAGACUGAACAUCAGAUUCAUCUUGAUGCCCCAAUCCUUGAUGGUGGUUUUCUUCGAUGGUCUCAUGAUGGUCAGCUUCUUGAUGUUGAAGUCAUCAAUGAUGUGGUGCUCCAAGUUCCUUCAGGCCUUGAUUUCUCGCCUGGUGAUGUUCUUACUCAACAUCAAUUGCUUUCUGACACCCAGUCCUUGCAUCAACAACUUCUGGAGUACUGGAAACCUACGUGGUGUGCGCUUGCUGAGGUUGAUCAGGCCACUUGGGCCAGGGUCACUGCCUUCUUUCAGGCUUAUGUGCCCAGGUUGCGAUUUGAUCUGCAACCCAUUGGUAUCGCAGAAUGGAGACGAGCGCUCAAGAGGUAUGGGCCACAUGCUGCACGUGGAGUUGAUGGUAUAUCACCACGUGACCUCUUGGAAUUGCCAGUCUCCUGGACACAACGCCUUUUGGAUUUGCUUCAUGCUAUCGAACUUGGUCAGUCUUCUUGGCCUACGGCAGUUCUCUAUGGCAUUGUCAGUGUUCUUGCCAAAGACGAGGGCGCACAGACAGUUAGCCGUUACCGGCCAGUUGUGAUUUUCAGUGUGUUGUAUCGCACUUGGGCCAGUAUCAGGGCCAAACAGCUGUUGAGGAUUUUGACACCACACAUGGAUGUGGAGGCAUUUGGGUUCAUGCCUGGUUGCGAAUCAACACAGCUCUGGCUUCUUUUGCAGGCAGAGAUUGAGUGCUCCCUUCAAACGGGACAACCUUUGUGCGGCCUCAGCACAGAUUUGACGCGUGCAUUCAAUUUUAUACCAAGACAGCAUACUUUCACUCUUGCCCAACAUUUAGGAGUGCCCACGCGAAUCAUUUCUCCAUGGCGUGGAUUUCUUGCUUCGUGUACUCGGGCAUUCGAGAUUCGUGGAGUUCUGAGCGAUGCCAUCCGCUCGACUUGCGGGAUGCCUGAGGGCGACGCCCUCAGCGUGUUCGGGAUGACCCAACUUUGUUUUGCCUGGCACCUUUACAUGAGGGCCUACUGUCCAGCCAUCAGGUCCAUGAGUUUCGUGGAUAACUUAAGCCUGCUGGCUGCGGUGCCGGGGGCCCUUGCCCAUGGACUAGCCUGCUUGGUGGAGUUCUUUAAGCUUUGGAACCUGGCUAUCGAUAAGAGCAAAUCCUAUUGUUGGGCCCUCACUGCAGAAGGCAGACAACAAAUGGCGGCUUUGCCUCUUGCUCGAGUUGACCAUGCCCAUGAACUAGGAGGUGUACUCUCUUUUACCAAGCGGCGUUUUACUGGGUUGCAACAAAAGCGAAUUGCUUCUUUACCUGCCAAGUGGAAACGACUUCAACACAGCAGAGCGCCACUGGCCUUGAAACUUGCGGUUCUGCCAUCAGUCUUUUGGACUUCAGCCCUUUAUGGCAUCAAUGGAUCGUGCAUGGGUGAGCUCCACAUUGACGCUCUACGACGGCAAGCACUACGUUCUUUGCGAUUGGCAAAGGCUGGAGUCAAUGCACUUUUGCGCUUGGGGCUCUCUUCCACUCCGGCUGCUGACCCGGGGUUUUGGAGAUUAAGAAUGACCGUGCGAACUUUCUUGCGCCUGUUGGGCAAAGAACCUCGCUUGCUGGGGCUCUGGAAAACGUUUAUGCUUGGCUUUGAUGGCACUCUUUUUAGUGGUCCUUUUUCUCAACUUCUUGUAGUUCUUAACCAAAUUGGAUGGAAAAUUGUACCCCCUUUUUUACUUGACCAUGACGGCUGCUCAAUCAACCUUCUUUGUGCUGACGAAGCUGCACUGGAUGAGCUGCUGUAUGAUGCUUGGCUUCAGCACAUUGCGCGCACUGUCUCUCAGCGGAAAACGAUGAAUGAUCUGAAGGGGCUGGACCCGCAAUUGCUGGUUGCUGAUACUACUAGUUUGACGAGUUUGCAACGCUCAUGGUUGGAUGCAUUGCGCUCAGGCGCAUUUAUGGACCAUGCAGCCCAGUCUCACUUUGACAUGACGAAGUCAGCGGACUGUAGAGUGUGCGGGGUUUCAGAUGAUACUCGCCACUGGCUGGUGUGUCCUCGUUUUCACCAUGAACGUCAGCAAAUUGAAGGGUGGCAAACACACCAUGCACAUGAUACCACUGCGUUGAUGGCGCACUUGCUGCCCUCACGUUCCCCUUUCGCGGUGGAUUGGAAACAAGCUUUGUUGGAUGUUCCCUGUGCCUUGCAGGACUUUUUGUCGGCACCAGGACGGGGGACACAACAUGUUUUUACGGAUGGAUCUGCCACUUGUGCGAGAUCACCUUAUCGGAUUGCUGCUUGGGGGAGUCUCAACUCCACCACGGGUGAGUUCAUCUCGAUGGGCCAUGUUCCUGGCCUGAGACAAACCAGUGAUCGUGCUGAACUACUUGCGGUGGUGAGCACCCUGGCUUGGCAACAACGCUUUCAAAUCAACCUUCAUUUGUGGAUUGACUCCAAAUUUGUUGCGGAUGGCCUGCUCUACCUCCUUGCGUAUGGGGUGACCGGGAGUUGGGCUAACAUGGACUUGUGGCUCCAAGUGGAAGGCCUUUUGCAACAGAUUGGACAGUUGGAGCUUACUCCACAUUGGAUACCUAGCCACUUGGACACGAAACGCCUUGAGUGUCCAUUUGAAGACUGGGUUCAACUAUGGAAUGAUCGAAUUGAUGUGGCGGUGGGGCGCUUCAAUUUGGAUCGGUCAGAGGCCUUUCUGCAGCUUCGAACUGCGGCUAUCCAGCACUAUGACAUGGGAGUUGCUCGCUUGCGGCAAUUGCGAGCCUUCUACUUUGCGGUGGCGUCCAAGACAUCGCAAGCAGAAACUGAGACCAGUGAGGGGACCGAAGUUUCACUGUUUGGUUUUGUGGAAGGACCGCAGAUGUCCCUUUUUGAUUUGUAUAUUCCUAGCUUUGAGGGGCUCAUGCUGUCUUCCGACACACGGCCAACUGAUUUGCCCAUGGCCUUUACUUUGUCCUUGUUUGAGCAUUUGCAUGGCAGUUGUUCUGAUGAUUUUGCUGUUUAUCCGUUGUGCUUCGAGGAGCUGACCAUGUGGCUCAUUAAGGUGUCAGACUUUGCUGAGAGGUUUCACGGCUUCUCGGCCGAUUCGCAGGAACUGCGAUUUGGCGCGCCCGGUGUGAGGCACUUAGGUUCGUGUUUGGAAGAUAGACCACUUCGACACCUAAACGCCGCCGCGGGGGCGGAUUUGCCAAAGGCCGACAUCGGUCACAGCCGAAAUCAUGCCGAUGACCUGACAACGCCAUUCCCCAUGGGAAAAUGUGCCUAUGAGGGCGCAUUCAGCCUUUAUGAAGGCUUAGAAGAUUUCAUCGUGAAUCAAGGAGCCAAACCCACUGCAGCUCUGAUCGUGGGAGACAUCGCAUAUGGCGGUGGCAGCCAACUGGUGAACAACGCCACACGUCAUGCUUUUCAGAAAUAUCUCCAUGGCCAAGUCCCUGUGGAUCGCGUCUAUCCGGUGAUGGGCAACCAUGACAUUCACUUCCUUGGGUGCAGCAAGGGUGAAGUGCUCACCCCGUUUCUGCCCUGCUACUAUGGAACUGCCCACACCAGUGUGGUGUCCAACUACGAGAUGACCUUUUCGCAGUGGCGUGAGAACUGGAUGACCGCCUUCCCAGGCUUGUCCCAGGUACUUCUUCCUGCGAAGGAGCCCGAGGAGCAGUGGAUCGCUCCUUUGCGGUACAAUCUGAACCUGGACAAUCGAAGCAGUGUCCACUUCAUUGCUGGGCUCAUUUCUGGGGUGUACCGAACCUAUUGGAACAACGACACCCCAGCUGUGGCUGUGGAUGCCAUGGGUUCAGGUGGGGACACCUUGGAAUGUCGCUUCCUUCGGGACUCUCUGGAGGAAGGUCGUAGGCUCAAGAAAAGCAUCUUCAUCUACAUGACGCACAACUUCGCGAAAGCCUGCAAGGACUGGAGCCUCAUCAGCCAGAUGGAUGUGUGGAUCACAGGGCACAAGCACAGCCGAUGGCAAUCCGAACCUUCGCGUUCCGAGAUGGCUCAAGAGUUCCGGCACUAUCCCUUGCGGAUUCUGAUUGGCAACGGUGGCUUCGACGAGGGCGCCAGCGACACGGUCAGCUUCGGGCACCUGAGGGAGGUUCCCUACAAAGAUGGUGAUCAGGAACGCGUGAAGCUGCACUUCGACAUCUACGACACCUGCAUUUCAGACGACUGGCAUUGUCCCCUCAUAGGUUUGACGGGCCCCUACUGCUGGGACAAAUGUCAAGCAAUGCCCGGUGGCAUCGAUGGUGGGGGUGGGCCCCGCAAGGCAACCACAGGAAGUUUCGAGGAAAUUUCCUUGAAACUUCCUCGUGUGUUUUGUGCCGAAGAGAAGAAGGCUGAAGCUGAAGAAGAAAAGAAGAAGAGCGAGGAACAGAAAGCUUUCGCAUGGCUCCGAACGAUUUCAAAAUCAGAGGAAAUUGACCUGUGGGUGAGCUUUGCAAAUGCCGCGGUGCUGCAACGAUUCAUGUGGAAAGGCGGAUCCAUGUACGUGCCGCCUGCUCGCCGAUCUGACGUUCGCCUGGAAGCUUCGCCUGCGCGGAGCGCCAGCCCGCGCAAAGUGAAGCCACUGGCUGCAGAAACGAAGGCGGUGCAGGCACCGGCGCCGACCGUGGCGGCAAAGUCCCCAAGGCAAGAUCCUGGUUGGCCACGGCAGAUAGCUGCAAGUGCAGAAUAUCCCGUUGGACGCGGUCCAAAGGGUCUUGGGAGGAUGGAAAGCCCUGUUCGCAAGGCAUAUUCCAGACGACCUGGCGCUAGUAGAGAGGAUACUCAAGCCGGUUCUCCUCAGCUUCAGAAGGCCCAGAAGCCCAAGACACUUCAGGAGGAGCCUGUUGUUCUUCAAGAUUCUCCAGUGAUGCCACGCAAAGGAAGCUCAUUGACUUUGGGCUUGGCAGGCAGUGCAUUGAACUUGUCCUUGAGUAACAACACCCUUCUUUUGGAGAGCCCUCGCGAUUUGCAGAACUUGCAAAAGCCAUCUCAGGGUGUCUCGCCUGCACCAGCGGGCGCUACAAACGGAAAACACGGCACAUUACUUAAGGUGGUUCAAAAUUCCGCUACAUUGGUACCUCACACCGGAUACUUUGACAAGUGGUUUGGCUUGCCACGAAGCAUCGCAGGUUACAAGCUGAUUUGCAGAAAUGAGGCUCCGCUGAGCGCUAGGGUGCCCAGGCCAGUCGGCGCACACAGUCUGGAAGUGCCACCGGGUCAAAGCCGAGGCAUUACCCGAGUGGCUCCCGCAGUGGUGGUCCGACCGGAAGCGCUCACCACAGGCGUUGUCCUGGGUCUAUGUCAAGCACAUGUGCCGGUCUCCAGAACAAUCUUAACAAGUCGCCCAUACCCAGGAGUCAAGUCGUGGCAGCCAGGGACUAGAUGAUUCUGGCUGGCUGAAGAUGUACACUUAGUGGAUGCCGGGAACUUCCAGAUGGAAUUCCAAACUUAUGUGACAGGUCUUGCCCAUACUCCAGUUGCAUUUCCAACUUCCACUGCCCAAAACAGGCAGGCAAACCUCUGGAAAUUACGGUAGGUAUGGCCACGCAGGGGUGAGAACUGAUGGUUCCCAAAACCCAGCUGGCCAAAUUCAGUGCAGCAAUUUGCGAUCUAGCAGAAGGCAUGCUCACUGAGCCGGGCUUGGCCAAUGUUCAUCCC